CUAACCCAAUUCACGUGGUUGAACCCCCUUCUCCGCCUCGACCUCGUUGAAGUUUCCCACGAACUCUACGUUGUACACACGUUUCGGAGCUUCUGGGUUGGUAGUACACUCCGCCUUCUCGCCGGUUGGAGUCUUGCAAAUGUCACCAAGGUGGGUGUUGCGUUGCGCGUCGAUUUCUUGCUUGUUCUUCUCGACUGUUCAAGACACGCAAGACAAGGGAAUGCAGAGGAGAGGUGGAUUCUCUGAUGCUCGACUUGCUGACGGUCACUUACAUAUGGCUACGGGUGAGUCAUUGCGCAGCACCGUGAUUCUUUCACCGCUGUUGAUGCCACCCAUUAUCUUGAUGACGCCGUUCUUGUCGUCGCCGCCUAGCGCGCCUAAAUCCCCAGGCACACAGUUCUUCGUCAGCUUCAGACCCUUUUCGAAGUCCGUGAUGGUCACGCUUCUUGCGCACACAUUGCUGAGGCUAAUGUCGGCUUUCCAAUUCGUGAUUUUAACGUCUCUUCUCACGAUUGUUCCCAGAGACCCGUCCUGGUCGAUGGGGAAGGUGCCCCCGUCCAGGAUGACAUCUUUAUCGCAAGGCUCAACAGAAUCGCCAGUGGUAGGGUCUUUACAAAGCGCAUCAAGAAUCGCCUUGGUGCAACCGGUGAGCUGACUCGCUUGACAGUCCCCCUGCCCGGCGGCGGGCGCAGCAAAGAGAACGGCGACGCCAACGAAGACAAGAGGGAGGCGGGCGAGGCGGGACGAGGCCAUUGCGAAAGCGGCGGCGGCGAGCUAGAGGACAAGAGGGCAAUGGAAGGGAAGGCUGACACACACAAGGCAGACUUCUCGAACCAAGGCAGCCAACCCAACGCGUG